CGAAACGAGCGAUUCAAGGUAUUCCCGUCUGUGGAAGAGUUGAAGUCACCAGCAACCGCCAGCAGCCAACCAGCACACAACGGCGGCCCCGUCAGUAUGUUUCGCGCUGCGGCCUGAUUCGCGUGUGUGUCUUGCAGUGUGCUAGGUGGUGGCUAAUUGGAGAAGAAGAAUGAAAAUUGGCAUUGUUAGGUGAAUUGGAAAUUUCAGUGCCCAAAGUUGAUAGCAAGGAAGAAGCAGUUUAGUGAUCAUUGAAGUGAAAGCGGUGAGAAGAGAAUCGAUUGAUCGAUUGAAAGUAGCAUUGGAAGUGCGUGCAAGCUAGAAGGAUUAGUUAGCGGGACCUUCGACCUGCACCGAACUGGGACCGAUAAAAAGCCUUCAACAAGUCCGGCGAAUCAUCGGCGGACAUCGUACACCCGCCGGGUUACGUAACUUUAACAAACCCAGCCAGAAAGCAUUCCAAUGAGAGCACCAUGGAACUGCAGUCGAUAGUCUUUAUUUUAGCGCACUUUCUGACAAUAGCUACAUUCACACGAUGUGCUCAGAUUCCUUCCAUCAAACGAUCUGCCACGAUAUUCACCAAAGAACCCACCGUGCGGAUACAAUGUCUUUCGGGUUCGAUGCUGAUCACGAUCAAGGAUGCACCCGCUAACCUCAACGGUCAGUUCAGUGGGAUGGUGUAUCCGAAGGGAUUGGCGAAAAACUCAACCUGCCUUACCGAGUACCGGGAUCAGGAGGGACCGCUGCGCUACAAAUUGCCCCUCAAGAGCUGUAACACGAUGCCCAUCGAAACGGAUGAUGGUGGAAUCGAGUUCUUCAACACGAUCGUUCUACAGCCACAUCUGAAGCUCGUUACGGACCUGGGCCGUGGCUAUCACGUUCGAUGCAGCUACAAGAGCCGUGAGGCAGCGAUGAAGCCUUUGAAGCCACGUGACGACAGCCGACCGCUGGCAUUGACCAGUGCCGAGGGUACCGACCGACGGGAGUACGGUAGGUCGAUGGACAAGGAUCAUGCGGUUCAGGAGGAAGAGGUUAAGCCAAUGCCCGCAUGUCAUAUGAAGAUUUUCACAGGGGAGAAACUGGCGGAGAAUGUAAAGAUCGGAGAUCCACUCACUUUGGUUAUCAACAUUGAUAAGCAAAAUCUGUAUGGUUUGCACGUAACCGAUUGUUUGGUUCGCGAUGGUCUCGGCUGGGGUGAACAAAGACUGAUCAGCGACGAGGGAUGCCCGUUGGACAAUGAGAUCUUGGGCCCGUUUGAAUAUACGGAAGAUCAAACCAAGGCCACGGUGACGUUCCCGGCACACAAGUUCCCGUACACCAACUCUGUAUACUAUCAAUGCAACGUGAAACUGUGUGCUUUGGGAGAUCCUGACUGUCAUAAGAUCCCGACCUGUACCGGUAGAAGCAACAGGCGACCGAAGCGGCAAGCGGACGAUGAAGGACUGCCGGCAACUAUAGAAGUCUUCUCCGGAUUGUACGUAAACGAGAAUGCUGAAGUACUCAACGACGAUGCCGAUUCAGUGUUCAAGGAGAAGACGCCGGACGACGCCAUCUGCGUAUCCCAGAGAAGCUUCGCUGUUGCCAUAGCCAUUGCCGGUCUCUGUCUGAUGUUGGCCGUCGUUCUCGCGGUGAUGUGCAUCGUGGCCAGACGAAGCGGCAAGACCAUCUCCAACUCGGGAAGCUCGAUCUACAGCGGCCCCUAUACCAACACUGCCUUCUCGCAUAGCAGCUAAAACGAGACGAAGCAAACAA